AUGAAUCUAACAUUUUGGAAUGUCAGAGGACUAAAUAAGUCCUCUAAGCAACAGUUGGUAAAGCACCAUAUGUUGCAAUAUCAUGCUUCUUUCCUUUCUCUCCUGGAAACCAAGAUUAAGGGCUCAUUGUUACCUGUUGUGGCAAAGAAAAUAGCAAAUAGUUGGAGUUGGAUUUCUAAUGCAGGGGUGUCUGGUAAAGCCAAAAUUUUUAUUCUAUGGGAUACAAAAAUCUUGGAUGCUCAAGUCAUAGCUUCAUCUGAUCAACAUAUUACCUGCCUUGUAAAAUCCUUGGAUGGUUUACUGGAAUGUGUCAUAUCUUCUGUGUAUGGACAUAAUCAUGUAGAAGGCAGGAAGGCAUUAUGGACAGAUCUCAUGCAGAUUAAUCAUAAUAUUGGUAAUGUUCCUUGGUUACUAUGUGGGGAUUUCAAUGCUAUGAUCAACUGUGAUGAAAAGCUUGGAGGUUCUGCACUAACUGAGGCUGAUACAGGUGACUUCAGGGAUUUUAUUUCUGAUUGUAAUCUCAAUCAUCUUAAGACCUCUGGAUGGUUUUACACUUGGAAUAACAAGCAAAGCUCAGAUUCUAGAGUCUGGUGUAGGCUUGAUAGGGCCUUGGUUAAUGAUGCAUGGAUUCAUUCUUUCAACUCUAGCCAUGUGGAAUUUCUUCUUCCUAACUUUUCAGAUCAUUCUCCAGCUUUGGUCUCUAUCUAUGAUGAUCAGAUUCAGGGUAAAAAACCUUUCAAGUUCUUCAAUAUGUGGACGAAGCAUCAAAGUUUCUCUACCACAGUCUCUAAUGUUUGGAAAGGAAAAAUUAAGGGUUUCUCUAUGUUCUCAGUUUACUCUAAACUGAAAAUGCUGAAGGUUGCUCUUAAGGGAUUAAAUAAGAAACAUUUCCACAACAUCAGUGAGCAAGUCCAAAUGGCUAGGCUUACUCUAGAGAAUGUUCAGGAAAAACUUCAAAACUCCCCUUUUGAUCCCAUUCUUAUAAAACAAGAGAAAGAUAGUCUGGUUACACUCAACAGGCUUAUGGAUUGUGAGCUCUCAUUCUUCCAGCAAAAAGCUAGGAUUAAUUAG